AUGAAAAAAAAAAAUAUAAAAAAGCUACGUUAUCUUGAUUCAAAAGGGAAAUUAUAUUCCAAUGGUAUAAAAAAUGAACUGAGUACAAAAUAUGACCAAAUAGACUUAAGCAAGAAUUAUAAUCUAAUAGAAAAUUAUAGUGUAUUACAAAAUUUAUUAAAGCAAGCAGAAGAACAAUAUGAUUUUUUAAAAAAAGAAUUAAAUUUAUUACAGAAAAAGAAAGAUUUAUUGCAAUGGCAUAUAUGCAAUAACAUUAAAAAAUUAAGUAUGAAAAGAAGUGAAAAAAAAUUUAAGGAUGAAUCAGGCACUAAAUUGGAAACAAAAUUAAAAACAUUAAAAGAAAAAACGAAAAUUUAUAAAUUUGAACAUGAUAAAUUAGAAGAAGAAGUUAACAAAAUGGAGCAAGAAUUAGAAAAAAAAAUAUAUGUUAAGAACGACAUAGAAAACAAAUUUAAUGAAUGGUUGAAUAAAAAAGAUGAUUACUUAAAAGAUAUUACUCAAGAAAGGAUACAGGUUCUUAAAGAAAGAAAAAAAAGGCAAAAUCAAUUAAAAAAAUUAUUAUUGCUUAUGAAACAGGAAAAUAAUAAAAAUUACAAUAUCAAUUAUCUUCAGAAAUUUGAAAGCAAUUUAAUGAAUGAAAUAAGUAGUUAUAAAAAUUAUAAUGAUUUUGAAACCAAAAUUGCUAUGGAUUUAAUUGAAAUGAAUUCUUAG